AUGUUGCUGAAAACGGUAAUUUUGAUCUCACUUUUCUUAGCAUAUGGGAGCGACUUAUGUGAAAUGACCUUGCAAGGUGGUAUCUGCUUAUUCGGAGGUGAAACUGUAUUAAUGCCUAACGCAGUUCAAGACGGUCUAAAAGGCCACUGAACUUUUGACGAUGACUCAGGCCUUGACUCUUCAGGCAGUCAAAAUCAUGCAUCCAAAACAGUAGGUGCAGGCCCAUCAUAUGGUGGCCAAGGUACAAGUGCGUCAAUAACAGGAAGUGACUAUAUAGAAAUCCCUGAUUCCAACGGUUCUUUAUCCUCUACUUUAUUCUCCGUGACUUUUUGGGUCUUCAUUGGAGAUUCUCAAAAUUCAGAAGGGUUGCGUUGGUGUCCUCUUUUACAGAAAGGAAAUGACCAAGAAGACCAAGUUAUAUAUGAGAGAGUCCCAGCUGUGUAUUAUGACAGAGAAGAUCGCCAGCUAAAAGCUUAUGUAUCUACAGAUGAAGAUGUAAAACACCCUCAAGGAGAGUAUGUAAUUUCCAAUGCAAGAAUUCCAUUUAAUAGAUGGACACAUAUAGGAGUUGUCAGAACACAGUCAAGAAUAAGGCUUUUUGUGAAUGGAAUAAAAGAUGCAGUAAAUUCUACUGACGGAUGGACACAGACAAACUCAAGCCCAUUGUAUAUUGGAAAUACUCCUUCGACUCUUGAGGAUUGUCCAGUCUCGUUUUAUGUUGAUGAAGUGAGAUAUUUCAAUAGAGAACUUGAAGAGGAAGAAAUAGAAGCAGAAAGUGCAGGAGCGUUGGGAGCAAUUGAAGCAUACUAUAUUAGGCUUGGGUGUAUUAAUUGUGUGUUAUCUGACGCAGAAGAAAGCUGCCCAGAAGACACACAUCAUUUAUGCACCUCAAUCGAGCUGCAUUCAGCUGGAUAUCAAGUAGCCCGAGCAAUGGGAUGGACUGACUGGAAUUCUCACAUUUGGGUGCAUGACUCUGAAGCUGAUUCCAGCAGCGAAACUGGAAUUGCAAUUUGCUGUUUGAAUUUAGGCUAA